CACAAGAAAUUUCUAGGGUUUUGGAGAGUCGUAUCGCAUCCGCCGUCUGUGAGCAAAUCGACGAAAAUGGGGCACUCCAAUGUGUGGAACUCUCACCCGAAGAAGUAUGGCCCUGGAUCUCGUACCUGCCGUGUGUGCGGGAACUCGCACGGGCUGAUCAGGAAGUAUGGAUUGAACUGCUGCAGACAGUGUUUCCGCAGUAACGCUAAGGAAAUUGGAUUCAUCAAGUACCGUUAAUCAAGCACCAACUUCAUGAUUGAUGCUUAUUACACACACAUGAUGGCGUCGAUGGGAUUGGCUUUUGAAGCCCUUGUAGUUUUGAUGUUUCUUUUACUUGUGAACCUUGUUGUUUUGGGAGUAAGUUGUUGAACCUCUCUCAUUAAGCAUGUCUUGUUUUGAUCAAUGAAGUUUUAGUUAUUCUCGUUAUUUUUGUUUUA